AUGGUGGCCACAGCGCUUCCCUCAGUGCCGCUGCAGUUCAACCAUCUGCGAACCGCACAGGGGCUGGACAAGCACGAGCCGGUGGUUGUGUACUACUGUUGUUUGUAUGCAAUGGAAACAGGAAUGAAGAUUGAUAGUAAAACCCCAGAAUGCCGUAAAUUUUUAUCCAAACUUAUGGACCAGUUGGAAGCUAUGAAAAAGCAAUUUGGUGAUAAUGAAGCAAUUACUCAGGACAUUGUUGGUUCUGCUCAUGUGGAGAAUUAUGCCUUGAAAAUGUUUUUGUAUGCAGACAAUGAAGGCAGAGCAGGACAAUUUCAUAAAAACAUGAUAAAGUCAUUUUAUACUGCACAUCUCCUGAUAGAUGUUCUAACAGUAUUUGGUGACCUCUCUGAAGAGAACACCCAGCACAGGAAGUAUGAUAGGUGGAAGGCAGCAUAUAUUCAUAACUGCUUGAAGAACAGAGAGACUUCUCAGCCUGGGCCUAUUGGAAUGGAAGGAGAGAGCUUUGAUGUUGAAAGGGAGGAAGCAGAGUCAUCUUCCCUCCAUAGUGGAACAACUCAACCAACAUCAUCAUCUACAUAUGAAGGUAACAACAAAGCAACUAGUCAUUACACUGGCAUACAUAUACCACCAGGUGCCUAUGCACCAGUGAACACUCCAGCUGAAGUACCUCAUAACACAGGAGUGACAAGUAACACCAUUCAGCCUUCUCCUUAGAAUACUCCACUAGUCAAUCCUUCCCUUUACAGUGCUCAGUUUGCAGGGGAAGUCUGUUUGACUCCAGAGGACUUUGCCAGAGCUCAAAAAUAUUGCAAAUAUGCUGGCAGUGCUUUGCAAUAUGAAGAUGUGAGCACUGCUGUACAGAAUCUACAGAAGGCUCUGAAGUUGCUGAUCACUGGCAAAGAAUGAAGCCUUUAUCCAGUAUAUUCAUGGCUUUUGCCUAAAGAACUAACAGCUUAUUACUGUACCUGUUAGGGGAGUGGAGUUAUACAGAAG